UUCUUCACCUAUAUCGUAUAAAUUGUCCCUAAUUCUUUCUUCCCUCCAUAUUUUCCCAAUCCUCUUUGUUUGUCUUGCAUUUUAAUCCCCAAAUCUUAAAAUUACAUUCCUCCUGAUCUGAUUAUCUAUGGAGUCUUCAGAAUCGCCAUUGACGACUCCACUCAAGUCAAAGAAACCACUUUUCUUCACCACCCUAAACGAGAAGAGAAACAACACUGAUAGUGUGGGUCCCGCCGUCACUACUCCAGAGAAGGCUAGCUUGAGUCGGGGUAAUCGGAUCCGUGAUCAGAACUCUUCUGAUAUACACCGAUCUGGUUUGAAAUCCAACCUGGCUGGGUCGGAUUUCCCAAAUGUGGUAUCUGAGAAAUUGUUCGAAAGUUGUGUUGGUCAGAAAUCGAAUGGAUCUGAGAAAUCCGCUAACAUUUUGCCUGAAAAACAUGAAAUGUUAUGUGACUUCUUCACUGCAAUGCUUAAUUCGAUUCGGCUGCUCCGUUUGAAAAAAGUGCGAGGAUCGUUCUCUAAUCUUGCUCGUAAGAUCGAAUCUUUGACAGACAGGAGGUUCACACUCCAUCAUUUGGCCCAAUUUAAAUUCAUAGUGUCAGAAGUAAUCAUGGCAAAGAAAUAUCUUGUUGAAGAUGAAAAAUCAAAUUGUAUGAAGGAAGAGCUUCUUGUGUCAUUGGAAAUGGGUGCUGUGGAAGUUGACGAGAAUGCUAAAGGCGGUGAUAGAUAUUCUAAAUUGAAAAAUAUGUUCCGAUCACGGAUUGUUGACUAUUACAAAACCCAUCCUGAGGAUGAUGAUAUUCCAGAGGGGGAAUUACCUCAUUUAUUCUAUGAACCCAAGAAUGAAGCUGAGCCAAUCGUGAACAAGGCCCUUGCACCAUUUGCACCAUUGCUUAUGGCUCCCUCCUUCAGGAGGCGAUUCUCUUUGAAGUCACUUGGUGCUUCAGAUGUCAAGUCUAUUCCCGCUAAAUCAUCAUCUUGCUUGUCCGACACUCUAAUCGUGGAAGCAACUUCUGCUGAUGCUACUGACGGAUCUUCCUGCACGACAGUUGAAGCUGAUGCAGCACCUUUAAAUCCUGCUUCAACACCUGCUAAACUUGCUUUAACACCUGCUAAACAUGCUUCAAUUCCAGUCAAACUUGCUUCAACACCGGCUGAACUUGUUUCAACUCCAGCAAGGCUGAUGGCAGCUACACCUGCACUGCGUACCCAAAAACGUCCUCCGGUGACCCCAGAUCAUGACUGUAGCGAUUUCACCCAGUCAGUGAAGCGUAGCAAGUCCUUGAAAUUUGAUGAUGAGGAUGACUUGAGCCGAAUGGAUGAGGAAGAAAGCAUUGCUCCAGCGCCAGGCUCCUCAAUUUCAAAGAAUGACGUCCUGGAAGUACUUCCAGACAAUCUUUUACAGUCGUUGAUUGAGAAAGAACGGAGGACCUCACAAGAGAAGGACCCAAUUGUUGUAAAUGCACUGAGACGGAAACAGAUGAUGACCCAGGUUCCCAGACUUUUUGACAUGAUCCGCCUCUUGUUCCAGUCAAUCAGGCGUUCUGUUAUAACAAAAGAGGAGCUAAUUUACAAGUUACUCGCAGGCAAUGUUGAGAUUAUUGAUAGAAUUGAAUUAGAGGAGCAGAUUCAUUUGCUACAAGAAGUUGCACCAGAGUUCAUGUCCGAAAAGCAAUCCAUCAGCGGGGAUACUCUUCUGAGUCUCAACAAAUGUUCAAGCCCCGACUUAAUACGUGCCAAGCUGCUCGAAGCAUAAUGAGAUGACAAUUGCUUCCAUAAUUUCGUGCCUGAAAAUGUAAAUGAGGUCUUUAUGGAGAGCUUCAACGCGGUUGCAAUUUGUACAUGUUUUAGUGUAGGAACUGAUGACUGUUUUGUAAAUUGAGCUGAGAAGUUUUCUAAUGUAGUUAAAGUGAAAUUAAUCUAUAGCAUUCUUAUUUCUUGAUAAA